UAAUUCUCACGAAAAAACCCCAAAACUUCCAAAAUCAACUUUUCACCCCCAAGAACUCAUCUUCUUCGUUGAAACGAUAAUGGCGUCGUCGAAGCACGAAGACUACGGCGUUCCUUACACACCUCUUCCUUCAUCACAACCUUCACAAACCGUAAUCCUUCUAACUCCAUAUCGCCGUAACCGUUAUCCCUCAAUCUUUCGUAACCUCCGUUGUUCUCUCCUCUUCACCGCCGCAAUCCUCCUCCUCUCCGCCGCCGUUUACUUACUCUACCCUUCAGAUCCAGACAUCACCGUCUCACGAAUCAAUCUCAACCACAUAAGCGUCGUAGAUUCACACAAAAUCGCUUUAGAUCUCUCGUUUUCACUCACAAUCAAAGUUCGAAACCGCGACUUCUUCUCUCUAGAUUACGAUUCGCUUGUUGUUUCGAUUGGGUAUAGAGGAAGAGAGUUAGGGCUUGUGAAGUCUAAAGGUGGACAUCUAAAGGCUCGUGAUAGCUCUUAUAUUAAUGCUACGCUUGAGCUUGAUGGUCUUGAGGUUGUUCAUGAUGUGAUUUAUUUGAUUGGUGAUUUGGCUAAAGGUGUUAUUCCUUUUGAUACUAUUGCUCAAGUUAAAGGUGAUCUUGGUGUUCUCUUGUUCCAAAUCCCUAUUCAGGGUAAAGUGUCGUGCGAGGUAUAUGUUAAUGUUAACAACCAAAAAAUUUCACACCAAGAUUGUCAUCGUAAGUGAACCGCCAUCCUAAGCUGGACGAGAGAUGAAAGACCAGAUAACAUAUGUUGACAUGUUUUGGUUUCUGGAGAAAUGAUUCGUAAGAUAUUGUAUAGAUAAAUACUCUUAAUGUUAACACUGAAAAAUAGAAGGAGAAAGAUGAAGAACUACUUUCUGUAAAGUCCUUUCUUAACUCCUUAAAUGUGUAACAAGUGUUUGCUUUUUUUUUUUUUGGGCAAAAUAAACUCGAUAAACUUUUCAUACACGUGGAGAAAAUAUCGGUUAUGCA